GUCACUGUUUAGUAAAUAGAUCCCUGUCCAGGGUCUAUAAAUGAAAGAGAUUAUAUAUAAAAACACGCUUUAACAUUAAAAAAAACAAGGUCCCUUCUUUACAGCGCGGUAUUGGGGUUUACAGGAUCCACAGCAGACCUGAGCAAAUGGAGAGUAGUCUUUUGGGAAGUGAACAUGGCCGAGGUAUUUCCAAUACAUGUUGGGUGAUUUUAUGUCUUAUUGACAGUCUUUAUGUAAAAGGCUGACAAGUCACAUUGUGUAUUUACAUAAACUAAUUUAUAAAUACAUGUAGUGCAGUUUAGGGACACAUUACUGGGAGUGUUAUUGCUUUGGAGCUCUGUGAUACACUCAUACACUGCACAUUACUGGGAGUUUUAUUGCUUUGGAGCUCUGUGAUACAUUCAUACUCACAGUAAUGUGCAUGAGGGUAUCACAGUGCUCCACUGCAAUAAAUCUCACAGUAAUGUGCAGUGUACAUUACUGUGAGAUUUAUUGCAGUGGAGCACUGUGAUACACUCAUACACACUGCACAUUACUGUGAGAUUUAUUGCAGUGGAGCACUGUGAUACCCUCAUGCACAUUACUGUGAGUUUUAUUGCUUUGGAGCUCUGUGAUACACCCCUACACACUGCACAUUACUUGGAGUUUUAUUGCUUUGGAGCUCUGUGAUACACCCCUACACACUGCACAUUACUAGGAGUUUUAUUGCUUUGGAGCUCUGUGAUACACCCCUACACACUGUGCAUUACUGUGAGGUUUAUUGCUAUGGAGCUCUGUGAUACACUCAUACACACUGCACAUUACUGUGAGAUUUAUUGCAGUGGAGCUCUGUGAUACACUCAUACACACUGUGCAUUACUGUGAGUUUUAUUGCUUUGGAGCUCUGUGAUACACCCCUACACACUGCACAUUACUAGGAGUUUUAUUGCUUUGGAGCUCUGUGAUACACUCAUACACACUGCACAUUACUGUGAGAUUUAUUGCAGUGGAGCUCUGUGAUACACUCAUACACACUGUGCAUUACUGUGAGUUUUAUUGCUUUGGAGCUCUGUGAUACACCCCUACACACUGCACAUUACUAGGAGUUUUAUUGCUUUGGAGCUCUGUGAUACACUCAUACACACUGCACACUAGGAGUUUUAUUGCUUUGGAGCUCUGUGAUACACUCAUACACACUGCACAUUACUGUGAGAUUUAUUGCUGUGGAGCUGUUUGUGUGCUACAUGUAAAAUAAAAAAUGAAGUGUAUAAUUGUCUGUUCUUUUCCUUAGUACUGCAUCUUUAGAGGAAUGUGAAAUAAAGGUUUCAAUGAUCCGACGACUGACAGAUGAAGUACAACAUAACCUGCGUUCUGGGGUCGCAAUUGUGUCGACGCGGCAGUGCAUCGAAGAACUGAUCCUGAACAGCGCAGAUUCUCAGGCAACAUGCAUUGCUGUGAGGGUGGAUUUAGAGGCUUUUCGAGUUCAGGUAGUGGAUAAUGGAUGGGGUGUGUGCGAAGAUGACAUGACAAAAGUGGGAACUCGUUACUUUACAAGCAAAUGCCAUUCCCUAAAGGAUUUAGAAAACUUGGUGUCAUACGGGUUUCGUGGAGAAGCCAUUGCAAGCAUUGCUGAUGUUUCCACCAUUGUAGAAAUUUCUUCAAGGUGUAAGAAUAAUGCAAAAACGUUUACUAAACUGUUCCAGAAUGGAAAACCAAUGCAAGUAAAGGAAGCGGAGCUGGCCAGGCCAAGCACCGGAACCACUGUUACUAUCUAUAAUUUAUUUUAUAAUUUACCAGUUCGUAGGAAGUGCAUGGACUCUGUCUUAGAGUUUGAAAGGAUACGCCGGGGGGUAGAAGCUUUGUCUCUUAUCCAGCCCUCCGUCUCUUACUCCCUGAAAAAUGAUGCUUUGCAUUCAAUGGUUCUGCAGUUACCAAAAACCAAAGAUGUACGAUCACGCUUUUGCCAGAUUUAUGGUUUGGCACAUUCCCAGAAGCUCCGAAAGAUCCAGCAUGUGCAGUAUGGAUUCACUGUGUCUGGAUUUAUAAGCUGUGAAAGCCAUUAUAACAAGACAAUGCAGUACCUGUAUGUUAACAAGAGAUUUGUUUUAAAAACAAAAUUACAUAAACUAAUUGGCUCCAUGCUGAGGAAGGAAAGUGUGAUCUGCAGGCCAAAAACAAGUCCCCACCCAGGUAAGUACCACUCCAGCCCUGAGCUUCAUGCCAUCUUUCUAAUAAACAUUCAGUGUAAUUGCCAGGAGUAUGAUGUUUGUUUUGAGCCAGCAAAGACACUGAUUGAAUUCCAAAACGGUGACUUGCUGUUUCACUGCAUUGAGGAAGGAGUGAGGACAUUUCUCAAGACAACGGAUUUGUUCCUGGAGCCACUAAGAGAAGAAAGCAAUAAUUUAAGUCUGCCAUUAAAUGAGUUUAAUCCUCAAGAAAAUCAAGACAAAGAUAUUUAUCAGAAUGCAUUUGAGAAGGCUUUAGAUAAUUAUGAGAUCUGCAAUGUGAAAUCUAAAUCAGUGUUCCGUAAUAACAGCAAAGCACUUACAACAUCUUAUAAUGAUACAAGAGAAAUCCAGACAGCUGGAGUAGCAAUACUGGAUUGCUUGGUACAAACUCCUCCCAUUGCGCAUUGCGAAUGUAAAACCUCUAAUGAGAUUAUGCACCCUGGAAAUCAUGCCAUCAUUGAAUGCAGUGAAAAGGCCCCCCAGGCAUACAGCCAGGAGGAGCUUGCAAGUGACAACUGGGAAGCAGAAGCCUUUGUCCUGAAGCAUCCGACCAAAGAAUCUGGUGUAGAUGCAAUUUCCAACCGCUUUACUAAGAGUAAAGAGUAUGACUCCAGAACUUCAUCGAAAUGCAGCAAUAAUCAGGAUAAUGGGGAUGUCACUGACUCUGCUUUUAAAGACGACUUUUCUAUGGAAUUAGGCAAUAGUAUAACAGCCAGCUGCUCCAAGCACCCUCGUGGUAUUCUCGGCCUGUCAAGUGAAAAGGAUGAAAGCCCACUGUAUAGCAUGUUCCCCAGAUCUGGAUUGGAAGAAGACUAUAAAGUAUUUGGGAGUGAACAUAAAGCAGACAUUAACUGGGCUACUCUAAAUAGGCAGUGGGGUGAACUGUACAGCGCUCCCAAGAAUCCCACAGUACCGUCCAAAAGAAAGGUUUCCGCAGUGGUGGGAAUGGCUUCGCUUGUAGGUUCCUUGGAAAAAUUUAGGAGACAGUUUGGAAAAAUGCAGCAAUCUGUUGUGAGUCCGUCUGUAGGAAAUAAUGGACUUUUGUUCCAAGCUGGAAGUGACCAGAAUGAAGACAAAUCCAAUCUUUGUACCAAUAAUAAAAUGACUGAAACACAGGAACUGUCCAGCUUAUUGCAAAAACCUCCUGUUCCUAUUCUGGAAAACACAAAGGACUCUGGGCACUUAUUAUCAGGCAUCAGUCCUCUGACAUACUCAGACUAUGCUCAUUUAAAAAGGAAUGAUUCAGGUCAGCAGAUAGUUCGUAGCUCACUUACUGCUAAACUGUCUAGACAGAAACAGAGCAUGAAGGUCGGUCUCUCUAACGAGACACCCAAAACAAAAGAAUUCCCACCCGAGCAUAUACCAUCCAUGGAGUCAUCUGCUGUAGAUCUUAUUACAUCACCACACAUUACUGGGCAGAGAGGAGAAACCAUAGAGCUGUCCUCUAUUGGUCUUAUUACACCGCCUAUUACUGGGCAGAGAGAAGAAACCAUAGAGCUGUCCUCUGUUGGUCUAAUCACACCGCCAAUUACUAGGCAGAGAGAAGAAACCGUAGAGCUGUCCUCUGUUGGUAUUAUCACACCACACAUUACUGGACAGAGAGAAGAAACCAUAGAGCUGUCCUCUGUUGGUCUAAUCACACCGCACAUUACUGGGCAGAGAGAAGAAACCAUAGAGUUGUCCUCUGUUGGUCUAAUCACAUCGCACAUUACUGGGCAGAGAGAAGAAACCAUAGAGUUGUCCUCUGUUGGUCUAAUCACACCGCACAUUACUGGGCAGAGAGAAGAAACCGUAGAGCUGUCCUCUGUUGGUCUAAUCACAUCGCACAUUACUGGGCAGAGAGAAGAAACCAUAGAGUUGUCCUCUGUUGGUCUAAUCACAUCGCACAUUACAGGGCAGAGAGAAGAAACAAUCAAUAAUGAUUGUCCACUGUCAAGCUGUGGGGAGCAGAGGAUUUGCACCCCGAAUAAAGCUCACUUAGAUCCCGACGUUAUACCCAGAGUUCCCAGUGAGAGCUCAGAGUCUUCUGAUUGGUUGCUGUGCUAUGAAGCCUCUCUUGGGAGAAACAUUUUCAUCAAUAGAGUCACAGGAAUGAGUAGUUACAGAGCACCACAACAAGACAUGGAAACUGUGUGUGAAACAGAACUUACUGCCAUGGUGGAGAGCACUGACUACGGUAAUGGUGUGUAUCAAUACAUGAUUCACUAACAUACCACAAUAACCAUAUUCCGGACAUUAACCGAUUCACCAGAUCACCACAAUAACCAUAACUUAGACGUGAACCGAUUCAUCAGAACACCUCAAUAACCAUACCCUAUACAUGAACCGAUUCACCAGAUCACCACAAUAACCAUAUCUUAGACUUGAACCAAUUCACCAGAACACCUCAAUAACCAUACCCUAUACAUGAACCGAUUCACCAGAUCACCACAAUAACCAUAUCUUAGACUUGAACCAAUUCACCAGAACACCACAAUAACCAUACCCUAUACAUGAACCGAUUCACCAGAUCACCACAAUAACCAUAUCCUAUACAUGGACCGAUUCACCAGAUCACCACAAUAACCAUAUCUUAGACGUGAACCGAUUCACCAGAUCACCACAAUAACCAUAUCCUAGACUUGAACUGAUUCACCAGAACACCACAAUAACCAUAUCCUAUACAUGAACCGAUUCACCAGAUCACCACAAUAACCAUACCCUAUACAUGAACCGAUUCACCAGAUCACCACAAUAACCAUAUCUUAGACGUGAACCGAUUCACCAGAUCACCACAAUAACCAUAUCUUAGACGUGAACCGAUUCACCAGAACACCACAAUAACCAUAUCUUAGACGUGAACCGAUUCACCAGAUCACCACAAUAACCAUAUCUUAGACGUGAACCGAUUCACCAGAACACCACAAUAACCAUACCCUAUACAUGAACCGAUUCACCAGAACACCACAAUAACCAUAUCUUAGACGUGAACCGAUUCACCAGAACACCUCAAUAACCAUAUCUUAGACGUGAACCGAUUCACCAGAUCACCACAAUAACCAUAUCUUAGACGUGAACCGAUUCACCAGAUCACCACAAUAACCAUAUCCUAUACAUGGACCGAUUCACCAGAACACCACAAUAACCAUAUCUUAGACGUGAACCGAUUCACCAGAUCACCACAAUAACCAUAUCUUAGACGUGAACCGAUUCACCAGAACACCACAAUAACCAUAUCCUAUACAUGAACCGAUUCACCAGAACACCACAAUAACCAUAUCUUAGACGUGAACCGAUUCACCAGAACACCUCAAUAACCAUAUCUUAGACGUGAACCGAUUCACCAGAUCACCACAAUAACCAUAUCUUAGACGUGAACCGAUUCACCAGAUCACCACAAUAACCAUAUCCUAUACAUGGACCGAUUCACCAGAACACCACAAUAACCAUACCCUAUACAUGGACCGAUUUAUAUAGAACACAAAUUGUGAUGGAAAGGAAGCCAUAUUUUGUCCCGGUUACUGCAAUAUUCCCAGAUUACAUAUAGAAAGUGAUUGAGCCUAAGUGGUGUUAUUGUCUGUCUUGCUGUUAGGGCUGCGGUCACAGUGUUACCCCUUCUGGAAGGAGAAUCUUGUUCCACUCUUUCCUAAGCCACAUGGACAAAGGGCCUGUUUAAGGGCACCCACAGGUAGAGAAAGGAGAUAUGUUUUGUUUAUGUUGUGAUUAUAUUCUUGGAGAAUCUGAUUCCUCGUCUUUGUCAUCUCUCACUUUGCUUUAUUCUGUUGCAGAUGCAGAGGAUUGUUCUCUGCAAAGCAUCUUCUCACAGUGGGAGAAUCCGGUGUUUGAACGACAUCCGUCAGUAAGUACUUAAUGCAAAGCUGUUCGUGUGAGCGAGUCUGACCCCCAACAUGUGCUGUGCAGAGAUGGACACCAUUCAUUUUUUUUUAUUAAAUCAGCUGUAAGAGCAUUGGAACUUAGUUAGCCCACUAGUCCAUCUCCUGAAUUUCUUUAAUUCCACUUUAAAUCCACCAGGGAUUCCACUAAUUCAUGCAUUUGGGAUCUCUAAUAAUCCCUGAUUUGCCGAAGUGUUCCCUUUAUUUAUUUGCAAUAGUUCCCUGUAUUUCUUUGCAAUGUGAUGUUUACUGGAACAAGGGGACCACAUGCUUUAACAGAGAGUGUUUUCUCCCAGGUGGCUGUAAAUGUAAGCAGUGGGCACUCAGACACCCUGGCUGUGAAAAUACACAAUAUAUUGUACCCUUAUCGCUUCACCAAGGAUAUGAUUCAUUCCACGUGGGUAAGAAGAGAAUAACUGUCUAUCUGUAUAGCACCUGACUGUUUGAGGUCCUGUACCCCAGGGGGACAGUUUAAGGGAGUUUAUUCACUGGGAAUAAGAUGAUCGCCGCGUGCCAUCGUGUUCUUUGAUUAUGGCUACUUAGUUUAGUUUUUCUGGAAAAUCGCUGUCCCAAACAUAUAACUCAGAACACUUAAUGGGGAUCUGUCACUAAAAUCCUUGCUGUGCUCCCUUACUCCUAACAGUAGUGGAUAAUCAGUGGGGUUUAUAGGGCAGUGCAUGGGGUUAAAUUGUUCUUUGCUCUGUGUGCUUUGAUUCAGGUGCUGCAGCAAGUGGAUAAUAAGUUUAUCGCAUGUUUGAUGGAUAUAAAGAAGGAGGGACAAGCCAAUCCAGGUAAACAUUGUAUAUGUGGGACUAUGUGUCUCCAACAUAGGGGUCUGUCUCAGGCUAUGUGUCUCCAAUAUAGGGGUCUGUCUCGGGCUAUCUGUCUCCAAUAUAGGGGUCUGUCUCGGACUAUGUGUCUCCAAUAUAGGGGUCUGUCUCGGGCUAUGUGUCUCCAAUAUAGGGGUCUGUCUCGGGCUAUGUGUCUCCAAUAUAGAGGUCUGUCUCGGGCUAUGUGUCUCCAAUAUAGGGGUCUGUCUCAGGCUAUGUGUCUCCAAUAUAGGGGUCUGUCUCGGACUAUGUGUCUCCAAUAUAGGGGUCUGUCUCGGGCUAUGUGUCUCCAAUAUAGGGGUCUGUCUCGGGCUAUGUGUCUCCAAUAUAGGGGUCUGUCUCGGGCUAUGUGUCUCCAAUAUAGGGGUCUGUCUCGGACUAUGUGUCUCCAAUAUAGGGUUCUGUCUCGGGCUUUGUGUCUCCAAUAUAGAGGUCUGUCUCGGGCUAUGUGUCUCCAAUAUAGGGGUCUGUCUCGGGCUAUGUGUCUCCAAUAUAGGGGUCUGUCUCGGGCUAUGUGUCUCCAAUAUAGGGGUCUGUCUUGGGCUAUGUGUCUCCAAUAUAGGGGUCUGUCUCGGGCUAUAUGUCUCCAAUGUAGGGGUCUGUCUCGGGCUAUAUGUACUCUUGUGUACAUGUACUUAGUAUGUUAACCAGGUAUGUGUGUACAUGUACUUAGUAUGUUAACCAGGUAUGUGUGUACACAGAACACAAAUAGUGAUUUGUUAUAUUGUUGCUGUAACCAUAUAAUACUGUUCUGUGUAGAUGGGAACCUUUUGGUGUUGGUGGAUCAGCAUGCAGCACAUGAACGGGUCCGUCUGGAGCAGCUUAUCGCAGGUACCGUAAUACGGGAUGUGUUCAUUGCUCUGGCAACAAAACGGUGCUUACUGUGACCAACUGGGUGUUUCUACAGAAACCGUGUGUGAGGGUUCCUUCUUGGAAAAACGUGUCAGGUGCUCUAAAAUCUGUUUGUUUGGUUUUUUAUUCUCUAAAGAUUCCUAUGAGGCCGUGUCUGCAGAGUGUGAUACGAGACGACUGAAGGUAUCUGCAGUGCAGCCGCCUCUUGAACUGGAAGUUACAGAGGAGCAAUAUCGCCUCCUUAGGUGAGUGCAGUCUGUGUGAUAUACAAGGAGCUGUAUCGCCUCCUUAGGUGAGUGCAGUCUGUGUGAUAUACAAGGAGCUGUAUCGCCUCCUUAGGUGAGUGCAGUCUGUGAUAUACGAGGAGCUGUAUCGCCUCCUUUGUGUGAUAUACGAGGAGCUGUAUCGCCUCCUUAGGUGAGUGCAGUCUGUGAUAUACGAGGAGCUGUAUCGCCUCCUUAGGUGAGUGCAGUCUGUGAGAUACGAGGAGCUGUAUCGCCUCCUUAGGUGAGUGCAGUUUGUGAGAUACGAGGAGCUGUAUCGCCUCCUUAGGUGAGUGCAGUCUGUGAUAUACGAGGAGCUGUAUCGCCUCCUUAGGUGAGUGCAGUCUGUGUGCACGAGGAGCUGUAUCGCCUCCUUAGGUGAGUGCAGUCUGUGUGAUAUACGCUGUAUGCCUCCUUAGGUAGCGCAGUCUGUGAUAUGCGAGGAGCUGUAUCGCCUCCUUAGGUGAGCGCAGUCUGUGAUAUACGAGGAGCUGUAUCGCCUCCUUAGGUGAGUGCAGUCUGUGAUAUACGAGGAGCUGUAUCGCCUCCUUAGGUGAGUGCAGUCUGUGAUAUACGAGGAGCUGUAUCGCCUCCUUAGGUGAGUGCAGUCUGUGAGUACGAGGAGCUGUAUCGCCUCCUUAGGUGAGUGCAGUCUGUGAUAUAAGAGGAGCUGUAUCGCCUCCUUAGGUGAGUGCAGUCUGUGAUAUACGAGGAGCUGUAUCGCCUCCUUAGGUUAGUGCAGUCUGUGUGAUAUACGAGGAGCUGUAUCGCCUCCUUAGGUGAGUGCAGUCUGUGUGAUAUACAAGGAGCUGUAUCGCCUCCUUAGGUUAGCGCAGUCUGUGAUAUGCGAGGAGCUGUAUCGCCUCCUUAGGUGAGCGCAGUCUGUGAUAUACGAGGAGCUGUAUCGCCUCCUUAGGUGAGUGCAGUCUGUGAUAUACGAGGAGCUGUAUCGCCUCCUUAGGUAGGUGAGUGCAGUCUGUGAUAUACGAGGAGCUGUAUCGCCUCCUUAGGUGAGUGCAGUCUGUGAUAUACGAGGAGCUGUAUCGCCUCCUUAGGUGAGUGCAGUCUGUGAUAUACGAGGAGCUGUAUCGCCUCCUUAGGUGAGUGCAGUCUGUGAUAUACGAGGAGCUGUAUCGCCUCCUUAGGUGAGUGCAGUCUGUGAUAUACGAGGAACUGUAUCGCCUCCUUAGGUGAGUGCAGUCUGUGAUAUACGAGGAGCUGUAUCGCCUCCUUAGGUGAGUGCAGUCUGUGAUAUAUGAGGAGCUGUAUCGCCUCCUUAGGUGAGUGCAGUCUGUGAUAUACGAGGAGCUGUAUCGCCUCCUUAGGUGAGUGCAGUCUGUGAUAUACGAGGAGCUGUAUCGCCUCCUUAGGUGAGUGCAGUCUGUGAUAUACGAGGAGAGGUGAGUGCAGUCUAGCUGUAUCGCCUCCUUAGGUGAGUGCAGUCUGUGAUAUACGAGGAGCUGUAUCGCCUCCUUAGGUGAGUGCAGUCUGUGAUAUACGAGGAGCUGUAUCGCCUCCUUAGGUGAGUGCAGUCUGUGAUAUACGAGGAGCUGUAUCGCCUCCUUAGGUGAGUGCAGUCUGUGAUAUACGAGGAGCUGUAUCGCCUCCUUAGGUGAGUGCAGUCUGUGAUAUACGAGGAGCUGUAUCGCCUCCUUAGGUGAGUGCAGUCUGUGAUAUACGAGGAGCUGUAUCGCCUCCUUAGGUGAGUGCAGUCUGUGAUAUACGAGGAGCUGUAUCGCCUCCUUAGGUGAGUGCAGUCUGUGAGAUACGAGGAGCUGUAUCGCCUCCUUAGGUGAGUGCAGUCUGUGAUAUACGAGGAGCUGUAUCGCCUCCUUAGGUGAGUGCAGUCUGUGAUAUACGAGGAGCUGUAUCGCCUCCUUAGGUGAGUGCAGUCUGUGAUAUACGAGGAGCUGUAUCGCCUCCUUAGGUGAGUGCAGUCUGUGAUAUACGAGGAGCUAUAUCAUCUCCUUAGGUGAGUGCAGUCUGUGUGAGAUACAAGGAGCUGUAUCGCCUCCUUAAGUGAGUGCAGUCUGUGAUAUACGAGGAGCUGUAUCGCCUCCUUAAGUGAGUGCAGUCUGUGUGAGAUACAAGGAGCUGUAUCGCCUUAGGUGAGUGCAGUCUGUGUAAGAUACGAGGUAAGAUACGUAUUGCUUUCUUAGGGGAGUGCAGCCUGUGUGAGAUAAGGAUGCUGAACAUGCGUUGGCUCAGCUGGCAUUUGAGACAGCCCUGCUCGACAAGGCUUAAUUCAGGGGCGCUAACAAAGCUCCUUAAAGGAAAAGGAGGCGGCGGCGGUGGCAACCGGUGGACCCCAGGGAAGCUGUGAAUCCAUUCUUACAUGGUUUGACUACUUACACUGGGAGGACACCAGGGUGUUCCUGGCAUUAUAACCACUACAGCGGGAUGUAGUGGUGAUGGUGCUUGAUGUAUUCCUUUAAUGCACUUCCUGCUUUGAUGUGGUGUUUGAAUACACUUUACACAUGCAGAGUGCGUGUAAGAAGAACUGUGGUAGUUUACUGGGUGUAAUGUGACUGUACCUAGGGUUAAAUGUAUUUUUUUUUUCUGUAGAAUCUUUGAUGCCCGACUUGCAAGAGUUGGCCUCUCGCUAUCAUUCUCUGACUCAGAGAAAUCGCGGGUACUGGUUGGAUCAGUUCCUCUGUGCUUCGUGGAGAAAGAAGCCAAUGAAACGCAGCGUGGAAGACCAACGGUCACAAAAAGGAUAAUUGAGGUUACCUUUUAUAUAUGUAUUUAUUAUGUUUUGAUGUGUUAUGUAUUUAAAGAAAGAAUACGCCUUUUCUUUUAACAAUGAAAAAUCUACAUUACAUUUCAAUUUUGUAUUUGGGAGCUACAAUCUGUUCCCAGGCUUUCUUUUGCCUAAAUCUUUUAUAACAAAGUAAUUUUCAGAUGAGGAGGAGAGAUGAGAAGGAUGGUACAUCCUCCAUAGCCAAAUAGUAUCCAUGGGGGGUCUUGUUCUACCUCCCUGGAGAGUUUAGGAUUCUCCUAUAGGAUUGUCUGAUGAUUUAAUGCCUAAUUGAUAUUUCUGAUUUUUAGGAGUUCCUGCAAGAACAAGUGGAGGUGAGAGCUUUCUUUAUAUUUUGUACUUUUAUAUUCUUUACAUCCUUUCUCAUAGAGACUUGGUGAUCAAAUAGUCAUAGGAUUUUCUGUGUAAAGGAAUGUACUGUGACACAGUAACUCUGUAUGUAAGGUUACAUAGUGUUCCUAUUCACAUUGCUCCAGAU